AUGAUCGCUGAAAGAAAACAUAGAAGACCUGGAAGACCAAAAAAAACUGUAAAUGAAAUAACAACAAACGAAACAAUAAUAAAUGAAACAAUAACAAAUGAAGCAAUAAGUAAUAAACCAUUUAUAUUAGCAAUUAAAAAAGAAAGGCCACAACGAAUAAGAAGAAAGCCAGAAAGAUUAUUAGAAGAAGUUGCAAAGGUACAAGUAAUUGGACAAAAGCAAAAAUUCGAAAAGAAAGUUAAUAAUAAUAAUAGCAAAUGUGGAAAAGUGUAUGAUGUUUGGAAUGAAUGGAACAUCGGACUUGAUGGAAAUAAUGUGUCAAUUAUUGACAUGAUAGAAAAAAGUGGUAAUAAAUGGCCAUUGGAGAACAGUUUGGAGUUGAAGCCGAGAAAACGAAUAAUUGAAUAUAUUCAUCAUAGAAUUGAACGACAAGAAGUUGGCUUGGAUGAUGUAUUAAAUGAAUUGGAAAUUUUUAGAAGAGAUCGUGAUUUGUUAUGGUUGGCUAAUAAUAUUCAAACAUAUAGAGGUGAAGGAGUUCCUAUUACAAAAAGAAUUAAUGGUCAUAAGAAACAUAAAAUAUCAGAGUCUAAUAACGGCCGUAGAUUUUCCAUUUUUUCAACCUCUGCACCAUCAUUGUUAUGA